AAUUCGAUAUUUUUCACUCUUCGGCUCUUCGCCUCUUCCCUUCCUUUCCUCUUCAUCCGAAAGCACGACGCCAGUUUCCUUCAGCCUUAAUUCCAGCCGACGCACGACGAAAGUCUCCGUUAUCUAUCAUUCUUUCCCGGUAAUAUUGAAAGAGCAGCCUAUGUGACAGACAGAGUGGUUAGGAAAAUUCUGGAAUUUGGAGGCUGAAAUUUGAUUUUUGGUGACACUUGGCUGAUAUGUGAAAUUAUUAUCCAUUGGAUCUGACUGUGGGCUUAAUGAGCAAUUUAUGUGCAAAUUCUGGAAUUUGGGGACUGGAAUUGCAUUAGACCUAAAAUCCAACUCAACAUCUUUGAAACACGCUCUCCUCUCCAUUUCCGUUCCAACUUCCAUGGAUUCACAGGGCCAAACCACGUCUCUGCAACGACUCCAAAAUGUGGAAAAGAGAAUUGUAAGGGUUUUGGAGCUUGCAGGAGGAGUCAUGGAUGAACUGGCAAACCCCACAGGUCCCAGAAAAGAAUAUAUCAACAACCAUUGCGGCGAGUUCAUGAAGUUGAUCAAGCAGGACAUACAAGGGACACUGAGGGAUGAGAUUAAGAGUGCAUGUGAGUACCGUCCAUUUGAGAAGUGUGAUUAUAGUUCAAGAAUAUCAAAUGAGAUCUGCUGCAAGAAAUUGGAAUACAUCCUAUCGCAGUUGGAUGAUAUGAAGCAGACUAUUGACGAAUAUCAUGGUACUGCUUGAGGCUGCAUGAUAGCUUUUUUUUUGAACUUUUCAUACUGUAACAGUACGCUAAUUGUUGAAUUUUAUUUAUGUUAAGUACUGUGUGUAGGAGGACAUAUGAUACCUUUUGUCAUUCUGAUCAUUUUGUUUUUGUUAUAAGUUGCUCUAGAAAUGUAGGAUAAUGCUUCUGCAUUCUAACACUGCGACUCUGAGUAAGUUCAUAUGCUAUUCAAGACCUUUUCAGACA